AUGAAGAUUGAGGAGGUAAAGAGUACUGCGAAGACUCAAAGAAUCUCAGCCCAUACGCAUAUAAAAGGGCUGGGUCUUGACGAAAAUGGUAUAGCAAUACAAACUGCGGCAGGUCUUGUUGGCCAAGAAAUGGCUCGUGAGGCUGCUGGGAUAGUGGUUGACAUGAUUAAGUCAAAGAAGAUGGCUGGUAGAGCAGUGUUGUUGGCUGGUCCACCUGGUACAGGAAAAACUGCAAUUGCUUUAGCUAUUGCUCAGGAGUUGGGUAACAAAGUACCAUUUUGUCCCAUGGUAGGUUCAGAAGUCUAUAGUUCUGAAAUAAAAAAGACAGAAGUCCUCAUGGAAAACUUUAGAAGGGCCAUUGGCCUUAGAAUCAAAGAGACUAAGGAGGUAUAUGAAGGAGAAGUAACAGAAUUGACUCCAGUUGAAACAGAAAAUCCCAUGGGUGGAUAUGGAAAGACAGUGUCUCAUGUAGUUGUUGGAUUAAAGACUGCUAAGGGUACAAAGCAGUUAAAAUUGGAUCCCUCCAUAUACGAGUCUUUACAGAAGGAAAAAGUUGAAACUGGAGAUGUAAUUUACAUUGAGGCAAAUAGUGGUGCUGUGAAAAGGCAGGGUAGAAGCGAUAAUUUUGCUACAGAGUUUGACUUGGAAGCAGAAGAGUAUGUCCCCUUGCCUAAGGGUGAUGUGCAUAAAAAGAAGGAAGUUAUUCAAGAUGUAACAUUACAUGAUUUAGAUGUUGCCAAUGCCAAACCACAAGGUGGUCAAGAUAUUAUGUCUAUGAUGGGUCAAUUAAUGAAACCCAAAAAGACAGAAAUUACAGACAAAUUGCGCAAAGAAAUAAAUAAAGUAGUAAAUAAAUAUAUCGAUCAAGGAAUUGCGGAAUUAGUGCCGGGUGUCUUGUUUAUAGACGAAGUUCACAUGUUAGAUAUAGAAACAUUUACGUAUCUUCAUCGUGCACUGGAAAGUGCAAUCGCUCCUAUAGUUAUUUUUGCAACAAAUCGCGGUCGUUGUGUAAUCAGAGGAACAGAGGACAUCGCGUCACCACAUGGAAUACCUCUUGAUCUCUUAGAUAGGUUGCUGAUCAUACGGACACUUCCGUAUUCUAGAGCAGAAACUAAAACAACACUUAGAUACGUGGUGCAACUUUUAACUCCUGCAGCGUUAACGGCAAAAGUCAACGAAAGGGCGGUAAUUAAAAAAGAAGAUAUUGACGAAGUGGGAUCGCUUUUCUUGGACGCAAAAUCCUCAGCAAAAAUCCUUACACAGAAUAAAGAUAAAUUUAUGAAAUGAAUAUGUUUAGUUGAUUGUUCUUUAACAAAGUAUUUAUUA